UCCUUCCGCCACCGUCACAUGCCCGCGACGUACGUGUGCGCCGAGAAACGCGACCAUACCUUUGCACGGGCACCGGUCCGCACGCAGUCGUUCCGGCCCUCCCCGCCUCCCGCUGGGCCCUUAGGGCCGCGACCUCACCGAGGCCACCGGCUGUGCGGGGUUCAGCCGGUUGCCCCUGGCACUCCUCCCGGGGGGGUGGGGAGGCUUCCAGGAUUUGAUUGAGGGGAACUGGACUGUAGGGCCCCCAAAUCCUUCCCGUGUGACAGUGUGAGGGCCUGGUGUCCUCUUUCUCCUGUUGGAUACGGGUCUGCUAGGCUGUGAGAACACGAGCCACUUACAUGAAAUGGUUUUCUCUGCUGCCGGCUGGGGCCUUAUGUGGUUAGCAGAACCAACCCGUGAGUGAGGUGCAACGUGGAAGGCUGAGAAGUGAAGGAGGGGUGUCAGUCGCGUCAGGGCUGUCCGGCCGUGAGUUCCAUGAAGAUGGAACAGGCAGGGGGCAGGUCGCUGGUGCCUGCGGCAACCGGUGUGUUCAUGGAGGGGGGCGGGCAGUGCGAGGCGAAGAAGUAGAGACUGUGAGUGUAGACCGCUGCUCCUGGGACCUCUGCUAUGCAGAGGUUUAGACAAGUUGGCAGGUGCUGGAGACACGUGCGGGCUCAGGGGCUGGGGGGGGGGGGGUCUUUGUCCCUGCAGUGAGGGGUGUACAGGUGUGGCUUUCUGAAAGGGAGACCAUCUCCUCACAGGGGAGGGGAGUAGGGCUGCCUGAGCAAGAGCAGACGGAGUGAGGUCCUCCAGUGAAGGACUGUGCUUGGCCCAGAGCACAGCUGAGGGCAGGUGGCCGCGCAGCUCAGCCCCAGACAGAGGGAACGCAGGGGGUGUGGUGCCAGGGCGGCAGGACGGUGGGUUGGGAAAGGGGUGAUCCCAGGGCCUUAUCUUUGAGAGUAGAUGUGUUCUCUUAAACGAGAGGAGGGGUUGAGGCCAGGUUUAUGUCCUUCGAGAACUGGGAGGAGAGAUGAUCCAGAUUCGGGGUGCUCCUGAGUGCAGCGCAGUGCCCCAGGCCCUGUGAUGAGGAUGAUGAUAAUGAUGAGGGGCGGCCACUGUUUGUGGCUGUCCUGUUAGGUGCCACAUGCCGGGCUAGGUGCCCCUGCACCUUGUCCCCGGUCCUCGCGGCCCCGAUGGAGACUGGGGCUCCUUGAGGUGCCAGGCCCCAGCUGAGGCUCGGGCCGGGGUCGUGUUCCUCCCACUGCACAGCUCUGCCGUGCGCGAGGAGGAGGGACCCCCUCGUCCAGGUGCAAGGACAAGGGGUAGGCGCACUCAGGUCCCCUGAAAUCAUGGGCUGUCUCUCUAUCCCUCGGCGCCUCCUUCUCAGCUAUAGAGCGGGGUGACGAAGCGCUGCCUUACUGGGUUAUGUGAGGAUCGAAUCCUGUGAUGUGUUGAUUGUGCCCACCCCAGUGCCUGGCAUGGAGACGGUGCGUGCGCCCUGGUACCAGUUGUUCCUGCUCUGGUUCCUGGUUUCUCUAGGCCCGGGUCAGGGUCGGGGGGUGUCUGUUGAUGGUGGAGAGCAGUGGGGCAGGAAGGGGUCAGAGGAGAGUGGCGCCCAAAGGGGUCAGGAGGAGACAGCUGCCAGGACCAUGUGCGAUCACAGGGCGCCCCCAGCGCUGAGCUGAGGUCGGAUACCAAGGGUUUGCGCUCAGCAGCCCCAGGGUGGCGAAGCCCAGGGUGUCCCUGUCUGUGCUGGGAGAGGGGUAGAGCCAGCUCACUGAGCUGUCCAGCCGAGGGGCCCCUUGCCAUCUGUGCUCUCCUGGGGCUCAGUGACCUCCUAUGUAGAACUGACCACAGGCUGUCCUGGCCAUGCCUUUCUCUAGCUAUCCCCGCCCUCCUCUCUGAGGUCCCCAACGACUCCAUGUGAUGGACACGUCAUCCUGACCGCCGGCCCCUUCCUUUGUGCCCGUCAGCUGACCGUGUAGUGACAGAGGAGGAAGAGCCAAGGCUCUCUGUUCCCCCACUGUCCAGGCCUGGUGAGGCCCAAGGCGCUCUGGGGAGAUGAAGUUCGGCUGCCUCUCCUUCCGGCAGCCUUAUGCAGGUUUUGUCUUAAACGGGGUCAAGACCCUGGAGACGCGUUGGCGUCCUCUGCUGAGCAGCCACCGGAACCGUACCAUCGCCAUCCACAUUGCUCACAGGGACUGGGAAGACACCGCAUGGAGGGAGCUGCUGGCGGAGAGGCUUGGAAUGACCCCUGCUCAGAUUCAGGCCUUGCUUCUGGAAGGGGAAAAGUAUGGCCGUGGCGUGAUCGCUGGGCUUGUUGACAUUGGGGAAACCAUGCAGUGCCCAGAGGACUUAGCUCCUGAUGAGGUUGUGGCGCUGGAGAAUCAAGCUGUACUGACCAGCCUGAAGCAGAAGUACCUCACCGUGCUUUCAAACCCCAGGUGGUUACUGGAGCCCAUACCCAGGAAAGGCGGAAAGGAUAUCUUCCAGGUAGACAUCCCAGAGCACCUGAUGCCCUUGGGGCAGGACGCCUGGCGAGUGUGGAAGGUUACCGAGAAACCGGCUAAAUCGUGACCCAUCGACUGACUGUCAUGCUGCAGACCUACAAGCCAGGUUCAGUCUGAAUCAGCCCUGCCACUGUGUGCUGUUCGUGGAAACAGGUCUCUCCACUCAGAUGCAGGGGACAGGGCAACGGGACUUUCCUCGUGAGAUGCCUGUCUGGGCUCGCCGGCAGUCUCCAGGACUUCGACGUUCGGGAUAAAGGGGAAGCGGCCAGUAAAUGUCUUGGUGCCGCCACUACUUGAGUCCUGACUUCCGGGUCGUACAGAGACAUAGGUCUGAAGAUGACCGGUUCGUGUUUCCUCCUCUCGUUGUUUUGCUCAGAACUCAUAGGACGUUUGAACAGCAUCCAGGGGACCUUGUGGGAAGGCUGGGAGCGGGCGCUAAAGGGGUGUGCAGGGGUGGCCAGCCACGGGUGCCCCCGUUCACCAUGACGACAGCAUCAGACUGAGACACAGCAUCCGUCUGUUCUUACAAAUAACUCUUGCUCUGUUGUCAAAGCGUCCCUUGGCCCAUGAAGUAUGCGUGUUUGACACAUCCCACAGCUAGCUACUUCAUGGCCAAAGGAAGGAUCCUAAAUACAGCACCGAUGGGAAAAUGA